GAUGAAAUUAUAGAUGCGAAAAAUGGCGUCCGAUAAGAAAAAAGCACCUGAAAAUCUACAGGCUUCCAGUAAAGACAGGGACCCGGAGUCUAACCAAACCGAGCCGGACUCUCCGUUCAUCAAACCGUCCGAGCUGAAGCCGGAAACUAAAGAAAUUUCGCUUUCGCGGAUACAGAAAAUAUUUGCACCGAUACUCGUAAAGAAUUACAGCCUGAGCGAUGAAUCUGGGCCCUGCUCCAGGUUCGGCUACUCCUUGUUGUGUCCUCCACACGGUCGGGUUGGAACCCUGAUCACCUGGAUCCUUGCUGUUUUCCUGGUCUGGGGAACAGCUGUAGCUGUUCUAGGACCGAUUGCUCUGCCUGGGAAUUCUCCAAUUCAGUUCGAGGUUAGCGGAGGAACUGUUUUUUCUUUGAUAGCUCUUGUUUCAUCCGCAUAUGUAGGAGGAUGGAUCGUUUCUCUGGUUAAGCUUCCUCCCCUCCUAGGCAUGCUAGUUGUAGGAAUUGUGUUGAAAAAUGUUCCUUAUAUUGAUGUUGGACGUGGGUUGGAUCCUAGCUGGUCAGCUGCUCUAAGAUCUACCGCCCUAGCGGUCAUACUGCUCAGGGCAGGACUAGGCCUGGAUCCUAGAGCCUUGAAGCAACUCUCAGCAAUGGUUUUCAGGUUGGCGUUUUUCCCUUGUCUGGUUGAAGCAACUGUGGUGGCUAUCUCUAGUCAUCUUCUCCUUGGGUUCCCCUGGCUCUGGGGAUUCAUGCUCGGGUUCAUCCUAGCUGCAGUAUCUCCUGCAGUUGUUGUGCCAUGUCUUCUCUCCCUUCAGGAACGAGGGUUCGGAGUAGAGAAGGGAAUACCUACACUAGUAAUAGCAGCGGCUAGUGUUGAUGAUGUACUCGCGAUAUCUGUGUUCACAAUCCUACUUGGAGUAACCUUUAAUACAAACCAGGAUAAUCUCUACCAGCUGAUCCUCCAGGGUCCUUUAGAGGCCAUAGUCGGGGUCCUGGGAGGAUUUAUCUGGGGAGUUCUAGUCAUCUUUCUGCCUCCUUCGCCACAUCCCAAUGUGUUGUUAAGAGUUGUGCUGUUGUUUGGUGGGAGCUUGUUUGCUCUCUUUGGGAGCGCAAUGGCGGGGUUUCCUGGAGCGGGAGCCUUGGGGGUUCUAGUUCUAGCAUUUGUCGCAGGAUUAGGGUGGAGGCGGCAGGGUUGGAAGGAGGAUAAUCCAGUUUCCCAGACCCUCGCUCAAAUGUGGAUUAUUUUUCAGCCUCUGCUCUUCGGGCUAAUCGGGACAGAGAUCCAGGUGGAUAAGUUAGAUCCGGAAACCGUUGGCUUAGGAAUAGGAGUGCUCGUGUGUGGACUUUCUGCGAGACUUGUUUUAUCUUAUAUUUCGGUUCUGGGAGGAGAUGUUAAUCACAGAGAACGCAUGUUUAUAGCAUUAGCUUGGUUACCCAAGGCCACUGUUCAAGCUGCAAUAGGUCCUCUAGCAUUAGACCUGGCAACUCAAGCUCUUAGGAAAGCUGGGAUGGAUGGAGAGAAUCUGCCAGAGUUAAAUGAGCAACUGGAGUUAGCAGAGAAGGUUCUAACCUUGGCUGUUCUUGUAAUUCUCAUCACCGCUCCCAUUGGAGCAGUUGCCAUCAUGGCGUCAGGUCCAAGGCUGUUGACCAAGAUGAACAAACCUCUGCCUUAUGAUAUAAAGGAGGAAGGUGAAGAAAUGUCGGAGAUGAUCAGUUAAAAACAUCCAUCUCAAAGUGAAGCCAUGAAGCUGUGUUAAAUGCCAAAACUCCACCAGACGACAAUUCAAGUGUUGAUUUUUGUUCAAUACGCUGGAAUAUUCCGAAGUCGGAAAAAAACGAUCAGUUUUUUUCCAGGGAUCAGAUUUAAUGAAAAGUGAGAAUUAGCUGAACCGCGAACCAUUUCACAUUUCAACAUGAAGAGAAGUGGUUCAACUUUGUCGACGCUGUUAGUGUUCAACUUCUUCACGCUGAUUAUAUCUGUUCCCAGAUCUUCAAACAAUCUAAAUUUACCGACUGUUAAAUGUUACUUCUUAUACUUCUUAACCAAUAACUGUUACUUGCUGUAAAUCCUUAUCUGCUAAUUGUUACGCUUAUCACUACUUUCCUAAAAACAUUGAACCAUAAUUAGGAUAUUUAGUAAAAAGUACGUUUUGAUUACUUCGUAAAAUUUGCUUAAUUCAAUUCUCUGAGGUCAAAGCUUUUUUGUUAGAAUUAGCACUAUCUUGAUCUGAAUAUAAAUUAUAUUCUGUGACAAUGGUAUUGUGCUGGAUUCCUUGAUUUUUACUUAUUCCUGUCAUGGGUUACGAACACACCAAGGAGUAUGGAAUCCCAGGGAGACACAACCGACGUGGCCUGCCCUACCAUAUGAUUAUAACAUGCUUUGCAGACGGUACUCCUUUUAAAUAAGAAAUAUUCAGAAUAGGUUAUUGUAUACGCGGUAAUUGUACCGCGUCAGUUGUAUCUCUCGUCUAUUCUAUACUCUUUGGAACACACGUUAUUGAUUAAAUCCCUAGGACAGGUAGAGGUUCGGAUUAUUGCUUGAUGAUCCCUUAAUUUUUUCACAACACAAGUUUUGACCUUAGAACUAUGUGCCAGAGCAUUGAUUAACAAGAUAAAGCUUCACUUAUCUACAAUAUAUCAAACUUAUUUUUCCUUCUCUUUGUUUUGAAGAGAUGAAAUGUUUGUUACUGUUCUCUAUAGCAAUACAGACCAAAGCAAUCUUGUACAAUAAUUACUCAACAGGAGCUGUACAGAUGUAAUUUAAAGUGACUCUAUUUACAAAGUGGUAUCUCCGAUUCACAACGGUACCCUGAAAGGCUCAUCUACAAAAGCAUGCCUAAGAUAGCCACACAAUUUUUUGUGUGCUUUUCCGAUUCAGAUACGAUGGAGAAUUUGUCAUAAUUAAACGCUUUUAAGAAAGAAUAAACGGUUUAAAGGUAUCUAUGGGUAACGUGAAUCGGACAUGCCCCUCUUAAAAUGGAGGAAAAUUACACCAACAUUCCCUUAACGAUACGGCAGCUUCUUACGUUUGCUAAACUUUAUUUAAGUUUAAAUAGUAAAACGUCUGCAAUAUAUUUGUUUAAAUAUAUCUAUUUUUUCUACUUGUAAUAAAUUGUUUCCCUUCUGCGAAGGAUA